GCCGUAGACAGCCUCGUACCUCCUCCGUGUCUUUGCCACGGCAUUCUUCGCAAAACGAGUUCUCCACAGUGAACGUCAAGGGGGCACACAGCGAGAGGCACAGGCUCUCCGUUUUUCCUGAGCCUGAAACGGUCACUGUGGCGCAUUCAGAGGCACACUCACACGCGCGCGGCCUGACACUUAGGCGGUUCAACUUUGCGGUUGUGACGCGUUUCAACCGACACAGAAUCGCCGCGUUUUCUGGCUCCGAGACGCGCAAAAGCAACCAAAAUUCCAAACAUAUUUCCGCGGCGGCCAUGACAAGAGAGUAAGCACCAGAGGAGGUGUAAUUUUCGACGAGCAAACCACGUUGUUGACUAUCUGCUGGCACAUCGCCUUUCGAGAGAGCUGCGUGCGUCCUACCGCCUACUACCGUUUUACGCGCCUCCCGCUUGGAUGAAUUUUGCUGUGCCUGGAACGCUUCGCCACUUCCACAACCGCGAAUCUAAACACACCGGGGACGCGUGUCUCUUCUUCUGUCUUAGUCACUGCCUGCUUUUCUCGAAUGACAACGCGGCGCGGCCGCUGCUGUGAGCAUGCAUCUCGUGCACAUCCCGUCCUCAUCACGGGUGCACCGAAGGAACUGGCCGUCCUCUUGAGUUUCUUUGGAAAACUCGUAGUAUGCUCCGUCAUUUGGGCUCCGUUCCGUUCUUUUCUCGCUACCGUCCUCAGAGAGUCAAUUUUUACGGCGAGUGUGUGCUGCUCAAAAACCAGGUUCCAGGUUCCACUGAGGACUUGACAACUUAACGUGCGGCGGCUUCGAUUCCUGGAAAUCGUUCAACGAAUUUCUCCUUCUUAGUCUCGAUCUGCAGCCUUGCAAAGGUCCACUGUCUCUCUUGGGUUCCUGCGAGGCUGCUGGCGUUUCUUCGCUGCACUCUUGGCGAAAUAAAUUGUCCAAUUCCGCGCUGCUGUGCGUAGGUAACCCCGCAGACAGCAACCUUCGCCUGCGGCGGGAGCGCAGUGGAAAAGGACUCGCAGAUGAGUUUGCUCCUCGCCGUGAAGGCUUUCUUCGUGUGAGGCCCAAAACCACCAGGCUCUCCAGAGUGUAUUUCCCGCUGGACGCACAUGCCUUAACGAAGGAAUGCAAAACUAACAAGACCUAAUCUCCACAUUGACGACGAUGGAAGACGCCCCUGGGCCGAGAAGAGACCGCGAGUACUCCGAGGCAGCUGUUGCCUCUGGAGUCGCCGGCCGCGAUGAUGAAACCGAGAAGCUUCCACGCCGGAGAAGAUGCGUGGAUGCCCCGACUUCUUCUCCUGCGCAUCAUUCUUCCUCUUCUUCUUCGUCCUCUUCUUCUUCGUCCUCUUCUUCCUCUGCGUCUUCUUCCUCUGCGUCUACUCCGUCUCCCUCCUCUUCUCCUUCGGCCUCUUCUCUUCCUGCCUCUUCUUCGUCUUCGGAAGCAGAGAAUCCUGGCGCUGGGAGAGAACUGGGCGGAAUUUCGAGACUUCCAAGCGCCGUCAGGUUGAUGGUCUCCUGGCCGGUGUGUGCGCUUCGACAGACUGUCCAGCUUCUCCAGGCUGUGGCGCAGUGGCUUUCGCGACUCAUCGAUCUUUUUUCCAUGCUGCUCUUCCUACCAGCCCCCCAGCCUUUUGCGGUGGUCUACGAGCGCCAGUUCGGGCAGCGACAUCCAGUUUUCUUCGCCGAUUCCGCGCAAGAGGCCUUCGAUACGGCGCGCCAAACUGAAAGGCUGCUUGCGGUGUACCUUCACGCCUCGCAUAACGCGACCGCCGAGACGUUUUGCAGAGAGACCCUGACAGACGACCUCGUCAUCGAUCUCUUGGACAACAUGUGCAUUUUCUACGCGACAGACGCAUCGGGUCCGUCCUCGUCCGAAGGCGCGCGUCUUGCUCGCGCCUUCUUCUCUUCAGCUUCUCCUCGUCUCCCCGCGUUUCUGCUGCUCUUGCCGCAAGCAGCAACGAGUCCUGCAGAAAACGCUCCCGCCUUCUCUUCUCUCUCUGCUCCUCCCGCGAACAGGCAUCGCGUUCUGCUCGCUGCGCUGAGAAACGAAAGCCUCGCGGACACCGCGGGUCUCGUCGCCCUCCUCCUGCAAGCUCAAGAAAAACUCGAGGAAGUUCGAGAGGCCAAACGCAAGCAAGUGCGCGAACGCGAAGAAAACAGACUGUUGCGAGAAGAGCAGGAGCGCGAGUUUGCGGAGGUCAUGCGCCUAGAAUCAAUCAAACGAGAGGAGCUGGAGAAGAAACGACAGAAAGAACAGGCGAGGCGAGACCGAGAAGCGCAGAGAAGGGAGGCCGCGGCCGUCAGACGCCGGGAGAGGCGCGUGUAUGCCGAGAGACUGCGCGAACAGGAGAUGUCUGCCUCGGCGUGCAGCGAACAACAGACAGCGAUCUGUUUGCGGCUGCCCAGUGGCUCGCGCUUCUCUCGGCAAUUCCCCGCGCAGACAUCUCUGGAGGAGCUGUACCUCUGGGCGGACUGCCUCGCUGAAUUUACUGAGAAUGAGGAAAUCGACAUUCCGCUGAACUUCCAUCUCGUUGUGCCUCCAAGGCGAACACUGCCGCGAGGCGCAGCGACCCUCCUCGACUCCGACCUCCACCCGAACAGCGCUGUUCUGCUUGUCCCCACAGACGACGAAGACGAGUAAAAAGAGUUUUUCUUUUUCCAAAUGUCGACUGCCACCACCACGUCAGUUUUCGUAGCCGUGUCUGUAUCUCUCUGUGCGCUGUCGGAAACGCUCCAUGUCUCUUCUUUCUGCCUCUCUGCUUCUCCGUCGAGGCGUCUGCAUGCCCCCUCUCUCUGUGCAGGAGAUGCUUGUUUGUGUCGAGGUGGCUUCCUUCUGGCUUCUGCUUCGUCUGCGCAUGCAAGAAUACGCUCCGAGCGGUUCCGGGAAUUCGUUUGUUUCUGCGCCUUGAGACAAGCACUGGCAAGUCCGUUUCCAUUACCUGGCGUCCGUAGAAACUCGAAUAAAAUCCACGUGGGGUGUACAUCCACCUGUUGGUAAAAAAUCGUGUCUUGUUCUUUCCCCGUCUCCCGCCUCUCGCGCGCCUCCCGACCCCGGUUCUCUGUUUCUUCUCUCUGCGUCUCGGUUUCUCUCGCUGCACCGUUCUGCGCUCUUCUGAAAAAACGACACAGCUCUGAGCGCUGCCUCUCCACACGAUGUCGCCAGAGGAGCCGGCCUCUUCUCUCGAGAAAAGCGGUUCUCUGUCCCCGCUGCCCCCACAAAUCGAUCUUCUGCGUUUCUGCCCCACUCGCGACACCGUGAUCCCCAGGUUGCAGCGAGCCACAGGGAGACACGGAACUCGGCAAGCAAUCCUAGACGGACGUACACGGCAAGAGCGGCGGAACAGGAAUUCCGGACGCUGUAUGCUCGCCAGCCUUCUUCGCAGUUUCCUGCAUUUGCAUUUGCAUGUGCGUCGCUGAACUGCUCAUGAACUUGGAAGCAAGGACCUCUAUACCGGGUCGAAGCCACUCGAGGUCCGCGACUCCUGCAGAUGUGGAGCGUGGAAAGAGGCGCUGCAGAGUGUGCUGUGUUCGAGGAAAGGAAAGAGACGUUCACUUUUGUUUUUUGGUUGCUGCCUUCUAGGGAAAAAAGGAACACAACGAAGUGCUCGCGGUGUUUCGAAGAACGAAACCGGUUUAACGGGGAGACCCGAGGCAUUAAGAGACACGACACACAAA